GGACGAUAUCAUGACGAGCUCAUGAACUAUUGUUAAAAUGCCACUACGCCAACAUAAUCCUACCGCGGUCUUUUACCUUGUGCAUUUGCGAUAGAGUGAUUGAUCUUGAGUUGCCUCCAAGACCCUAGUAUGUUUCGCCCCGAGCCCCGCCAUGCCCGUUGAGCAAUGUAUGAGUUUGAUAGCCGUUCGACCAAUUAUAAGCCUAAUGUUAGUUCUGGCACACAAUGAACAUGUGAUUAAGGAACCUCCGAUGUUGUCAAUGUGCACAAAAGUUCUGCUCUUACCCUUGCCACGGACAAAAACGAUGCCGUUAAUCCCGUGCUAUGGUGGACGGUCGGAACGGUCGGGGGUUCUCUGUUUUCCACCAACCGGCCAAUCGCGAACCGGAGAUACUAACCUCUGCUAUAAGUAACUAUUAGACUAACUACCUAUAAACUAUUGUAUAAUAAGAAUUUAUGAAAAGUUUCAUGCAGGGUGAUUGAAUACCAACAGAUAACCGCCGACCGUCCAUGCAAGAUUAAUAACAGCCUUCAUAUGAACCCACCCUCGCGACAAUCCUUAUACUAACUCGACUGACGGACAUUUCUACCUUAAUCUCGCAUAUCGCAUCUCUGAAUCUUGGCGCUUAGCAAUGAAGCUCAUAAUCGGAGGAUCGACUGGAUUUGUCGGUGCAGAGCUCAUUCAACAAGCUCUGUCUCACCCCGCCAUCACGACCGUCGUCGGUAUCAGCCGGCGUGAAACACCAGCGCCCGCCGAGUCGCCCAGCACUACGGCUAAGUUGGUCUCGGUUGUUUGCGACGACUUUGAACAUUAUCCAGACCAUGUCAAGAAGGAACUGGAGAAUGCUGAUGCUUGUAUCUGGACUAUCGCUGUGACCCCGGCAAAACUCAAGUCCUCAUCCUGGGAGGAGACAGUGAAGGUCUGCCGGGGCUACGCUCUUGCGGCUAUCGAGACCAUGGCAGCUGUGCCACGCAAACAAGAUGGACCGCUCCGUUUUAUAUACAUCAAUGGGCACUUCGCCCCCCGCGACCGAUCUGAGGUCACACAGCCUAUGGAUAGUGGGAUCCUCGAAAUGGCCCUGCUUCGGGGUAAACUGGAAGAUGAAAUCCUUGCGUAUGCAGACCAGACCAACAAUGCGUUGGUUGCAUGUAUCGCCAAGCCCGGGCUUAUUUCCGCACCGGAUAGGAAAGUGCCAUCAAUUCCUGGUCUGCCACAGAUCGAGCGUCGCGAUAUCGCUGCAGCUCUUCUCCAUCAGGCCGUGACCGGGUUUGAAAAGGAUAUGUUGUCCAACGAUGACAUGAUCAGGAUUGGACAGAGCGCAUUGAGCAAGUAGUAGGUUUUGUUGUAUUACGGCCUAUUAUGGGGCAGGGGAUGAGAUCGUGAAUGACAGUUUAGCUUCGAUUCCUGAGAUGGACGAGUUUGCGCGGCGAGCUUGCUCUCCCGAAUUUUUUAUAACCCAUAGCGGUGUAUGCUGAUAUGCGCAAAGGUGUCAUUUAGAUGCAGGUUUUAGGAAGAUAUCAUCGCAGGCUAUGAACUGGACUACGCAUCCUAUCGCGGCAGCGUCUAUGGUGCCGUACACGGAAACUUCUAUAGUGCAAAUACAGAGUACUAGUACGCCACCAUCAUGACCUUGCGCAGCAAUGGAAACCUUGUCAUGCUCGAGACGAUUUACUCUUGCCAUAUUUGAAGUCAUGCUGUCUAAUACCACUGCGAUCACAGAGCCGACAAAAUGAAACCCCGUGUUCCCAUAAGCGGAAAAGACACCCGAACUCCCUCACGUGAAAUGCAUGGC